AUGUCAAGCGGCUUCAGCAUCAGCUUUGCCAAGAAAUGUAUCGUCGUCACUGGUGGAAACAGGGGCAUUGGUUACGCGCUUAGCAGGGCCGUUGCUCAAGCAGGAGCAAAUGUCGCGAUAAUCUACAGGUCUUCCAAGGACGCCCCUGAGGUAGCAGAGAAACUCUCGAAAGAGUUCAACGUCAAAUCCAAGGCGUACAAAUGCGACGUCUCGGAUACCGACCUCGUCAACAAGACGCUCAAGCAAAUUGACGAAGAGCUUGGUCCCAUCUCGGGCCUUAUUGCUAAUGCUGGUGUAUCCGUUCCCAAACCAGCCCUCGACCUUACCCACGACGAUUUCAAGACCGUAUUCGACGUCAACGUAUUUGGCGUCUUCAACACCGCUCGUGCCGUGGCUAAGUUAUGGCUCGAGCGAAAGCAGCAAGGGUCGAUCGUCAUUACCUCGUCGAUGAGCUCACAGAUUAUCAAUAAGUCUGCGGAAGCCACCCCCCUUGCUCAGGUUUUCUACAACGCCUCCAAAGCCGCUGUUUCGAACCUUACCAAAGGGCUUGCCGCCGAAUGGUCUUCUCAGGGGAUCCGUGUCAACGCCGUGUCUCCUGGUUAUGUCAAUACCGAUCAGACCUCUCACAUGGAAAAGAAAAUCCGCGACUUCCAAGCCCGAUCUCUGCCUCUUGGACGGUUUGCCGAGCCCCAUGAGAUUACUGGCCAAGCACUUUUGCUUCUUUCCGACCACGCCUCCUAUAUGACUGGCGGUGAAUACUUUGUUGACGGCGGUCAUCUCAUUUGGUAG